UCGUGGAGCCGCCGACGUCAGCAGCUUAAUGGCAACAUUGUGGCGAUGCUGAGGCGCAGAGUUUAGGAGACGCGUCUACCGUCAGGCCGGCUCCGCACUGUGGGCAGGAAGAAGAGCAGGGGCGGGGAGAUCGGCCCGGCGAGCGGCGGGGACACACACCCCGCCAGCCCGGCCCUGCAGCACCGGCUCCUCGCCUCCGGAGUGCCGCAGACGCAUCUCCGCGGCCUCGUGCGGGGGGUGGCCGGGCGGCCGCGAGGCGCUGCCGCAGCGCGGGGCUUGUAAACAGAUCCGGCCGCACGUGACCAUGUGAACUACCUGCUCCGGGGACGCGUAUUGUCUUUCCUGCGAGCCGCGCCACAAAGGAGCUCGGCGGUUCGAGAGCGGAGGGACGGGCGAGCGAGCGAGGAGAGCCGGCCGGCGCACUAAGAUGGCUGAAGGCGCCCGGCGAGGGUGAGCGGGGGGCGCGGUGCAGCCAGCCGCCGAGACCUCAGGCGGGCAGGGCCGACGGCCCUCCCCCGCGGCCGGGCGCCGCAGCCACCAUGUCGUUCGCUCUGGAGGAGACGCUCGAGUCGGACUGGGUGGCUGUACGGCCUCAUGUGUUCGACGAGCGCGAGAAGCAUAAGUUCGUCUUCAUUGUGGCCUGGAACGAGAUCGAAGGCAAGUUUGCCAUAACCUGCCACAACCGGACGGCCCAGAGGCAGAGGAGCGGCUCCCGGGAACAGGCGGGGACUCGAGGGGGUGCCGAAGGUGGCGCACCCGUGUCCGACGGGACCCGCGGGCCAGGUAGCCCGGUGGGCAAGGGCCGGCCUGAAGUCACUGGCUCUGCGACUCCGGUCCGGAGUCCUGGGCCCCGGAGGAGCCCGACCUGGGUAGAGGGCGGCUCUCCGCGCAGCGCGCGGAGCCUUCGGGGGGACCCGCAGCUGCGGAGCCCGGCCGGCAGAGGGGCGGAGAGUCUUCUCAGGAGCCCUGCACGGGCCAAGCCCAGCCCUGUCCGGAAAGGAGCUGAAGCCAGAGAUGCUACAGGGUGCGCCGCGGCAGCCCAACCGGCGCCCAGGGAGGCCCCGGUGUCCUCCGUGCGGGUAGUGAGCGCCUCGGGGGCGGUCUCCGAGGAGAUCGAAGUCUUGGAAAUGGUCAGGGAAGACGAGACCCCCCUGGCGCUCUCCGACGCGGAGCAACCGCCUCCUGCUGCGGAGCCGGAGUCUCCGGCCGAAGAGUGCAGCUGGGCUGGGCUCUUCUCCUUCCAGGAUCUGCGCGCCGUGCACCAACAGCUGUGCUCCGUGAAUUCGCAGCUGGAACCAUGCCUGCCGGUGUUCCCAGAGGAGCCCUCCGGCACGUGGACCGUGCUGUUCGGUGGCGCGCCCGAGAUGACCGAGCAGGAGAUCGACACUCUGUGUUACCAGCUCCAGGUCUACCUGGGCCACGGCCUGGAUACCUGUGGCUGGAAGAUCCUCUCCCAGGUGCUCUUCACGGAGACCGACGAUCCCGAGGAGUAUUACGAAAGCCUCAGUGAGCUUCGACAGAAGGGCUACGAAGAAGUCCUGCAGCGGGCCAGGAAGCGUAUCCAGGAGCUCUUGGAUAAGCAUAAGAACACAGAGAGCAUGGUGGAGCUUCUGGACUUAUAUCAGAUGGAAGAUGAAGCCUAUAGCAGCCUGGCAGAAGCAACAACUGAACUCUAUCAGUAUUUACUGCAGCCAUUCCGAGACAUGAGAGAACUUGCCAUGCUACGAAGACAGCAGAUCAAGAUUUCUAUGGAGAAUGAUUACCUGGGACCCCGAAGAAUUGAGAGUCUACAAAAAGAAGAUGCUGACUGGCAGCGGAAAGCUCAUAUGGCUGUCCUAUCUAUUCAAGAUCUUACAGUCAAAUAUUUUGAAAUAACAGCAAAAGCUCAAAAAGCUGUGUAUGAUCGAAUGCGAGCAGAUCAGAAGAAAUUUGGAAAAGCAUCAUGGGCAGCAGCUGCUGAACGUAUGGAAAAACUUCAGUAUGCAGUUUCUAAAGAGACUUUGCAGAUGAUGAGAGCUAAAGAAAUCUGUUUGGAACAGAGGAAACAUGCACUAAAAGAAGAGAUGCAGAGUUUGCAAGGUGGUACAGAAGCCAUAGCUCGAUUGGAUCAGUUAGAAGCUGAUUAUUAUGAUCUGCAGCUUCAGUUGUAUGAAGUACAGUUUGAAAUCUUAAAGUGUGAAGAGUUGUUAUUGACAGCACAACUGGAAAGCAUCAAAAGACUUAUAUCAGAAAAGAGAGAUGAGGUGGUGUACUAUGACACUUAUGAAAGCAUGGAGGCCAUGCUAGAGAAGGAAGAAAUGGCAGCCUCUGUGCAUGCACAGAGGGAAGAGCUGCAGAAACUGCAGCAGAAAGCACGCCAGCUGGAAGCAAGACGUGGACGCGUCUCAGCCAAGAAAGCCUACCUCAGAAAUAAAAAGGAAAUUUGUAUUGCAAAACACAAUGAAAAAUUCCAACAGCGCUUUCAGAGUGAAGAGGAAUAUAGAACCCAUCACAUGGUACAAUUAAAGAGAGAAAGAGUGCAUGAUGAAGAAGAAAAAAAAAGUGCCUGGGUUAGUCAGGAGAGACAGAGAACGCUGGAUAGACUUCGAACAUUUAAACAGAGGUACCCUGGGCAAGUCAUACUUAAAUCAACCAGAUUACGACUGGCUCACACAAGAAGAAAAAGUGCAACAAGUCCUGUGCCUCAUGAGGAUCCAUGUGACUCUCUACCAGGAGUGUUGCAGGUAGAGAAAACUGAAGAGGUGGGAGAAGGAAGAGGCCAACUUGGGUCAUCACAGACAACAGAACCCCAGCGCCUUGCACAACUUGAAGAUAAUUCAUUAGCACAACUUGAAGCCACUUCAUUACCUCUCAGUGGUGUUACCUCGAAACUGCCUCCCACUGCAUCUCUCCCACUUUUCAGUACCAAUGACCUCGAACCAUGUUCUGUUACCACAGAUCCACUCCCACCACCUCUCCCUCCCACACCCCCUCCUCUCCCACCUCCCCCUCCUCCACCUCCACCUCCCCCACCUCUGCCUGUUGCAAAGGACAACACUGCCAACUCAGAGACACUGGAGAAAGGUCUGCCUAGAAAGGAGGGGAAUGAGAAGAGGAUCCCGAAGUCUGCCAGUGCCCCCUCAGCACACCUUUUCGAUAGCAGCCAGCUGGUUAGUGCCCGGAAGAAGCUCAGAAAGACUGCUGAAGGUUUGCAGAGGAGGAGAGUGAGCUCACCCAUGGACGAGGUGCUAGCAUCCUUGAAGCGUGGUAGUUUUCACCUGAAAAAGGUUGAACAGCGAACUCUGCCUCCUUUUCCUGAUGAAGAUGAUAGUAAUAAUAUCUUGGCACAAAUAAGGAAAGGGGUAAAAUUGAAGAAGGUACAGAAGGAAGUUUUGAGAGAAUCCUUCACACUUCUGCCCGAUACAGACCCUCUAACACGGAGCAUCCAUGAAGCUCUACGAAGAAUUAAAGAGGCAUCCCCUGAGUCAGAGGACGAAGAGGAGGCUUUGCCUUGCACAGACUGGGAGAACUGACAAGUGACUUAAAGAAGAAAGAUACCUAUAGAUGAAGAUUGGUUCUGACUCUCUUGGAAAACAAAAGUUGAAACUCUUGGUUCCACAGUUGGAGUCCAUUAGACCCAAAGUAUAUUGACUCAGUUGUAUGAAAAAAAGGAAGCACAAUUGGCAGAUUACUUUUACAGUCAUUCCAAUAGAUAAUAGUUAAGAUGAUUUUUAAAUGUGCAAUGUUCCUGUCUGCGAUGAAGAAAGGCCUUCUGGAGAUGGCUGUUUUUUAUGCACCUUCCCUUUCCUCCUCCACCCAUAUAUAUAUUCUUGAAGUGGCCAGUUAAACUGGGAGUUGCUAUGAGUUGGAAGAAGACGGGGUUGACAGAGAUACUGUGAGCUGUUUUGGGACUGCUUUGAGAUCCUUCUUUCAGUGUACUGAAAGGAAGGACAUCUGCUGAAAAUACAGAGCUUCUUCCAUAUCAGCUUACAGAAAUAGUGCUACACUCUGAAAAAGAAGUUUAUCAUGGUAGCUAUAGGUCAGGAAUUUAUAUCAGAUUGGAAAUGCACUUAAAAUUUUAACAGUUCUCAUCUCCAAAGGAAUUUUCAUAAUGAUGUUCAACAUCUGAAAAGUCAAUGGAGAGACACCUAUUAUUGUGUUCCAAAUGCGAUACAUUUAACAAGGCAUAAUUUUAGGAGGCUAAAGUCUUACACUUUGUAAGGAUUUGAAGUUAAAAUUUCCAUGCUUUUAAAUAGCUUUUCAUAAUUCCGAAUUUAUAAUGGUUUGAAUUUUAUGUGCAUCCUUGUUUAUGAGAAGCAAUACUUUGUAAUUUGAUAAUGUUUCAAAUUAUUUUUAGUCUUUUUGUUUGAACUGUUGCUUAAUCACUGUAACUCAUGACUUUCCUAUUGAGAAUCAAAGAGGAGGAUUCAAUAAUAGGGAUGCAGAUCUUAACUCUUUAUCAUGCACCACUUAAAGUUUUUAUUGUGCUCCACAGUGAAAAGCAUUUACUCUGCAAGAUGCAGAAAGUAGAUUUGGCUGGCAUUUUACUAUCUUGAAAUGCUUUGAAUGGAACAUUGGGAGAGAGCCUUUGUUAUUAAAUGUUUAACCUACGUACAUAAGCGCUAGAUGCUGAUUUUUUAUAAUGAAGUCUGGAGGGAUUAUUUAUGUUAAUGCAGCUGUCAUGGAUUGUCAGCAGGAUUGUUGUGGGCUUGCACAAAGGUAGUAGAUAUGCUGGACCCAGUUUAUAGUACUUCAGAGUGUAAUUCUGCAUAAGACAGAUCUGGACCUUUAUUUGGAGGGAGUUCAAGAUUGAAGUUCGAAAAAGAACUUUCCGUCUUAUGAGGCAGUUCUCUGACCUACUCCCAGAAAGUAGUACUGGAGUAAGUUACUCAGUGUAUAUGAAUUGAUUUCCCUGGAGGAAAAGUGCUCACGACACACUUGUCAUUCUUGAAUAUUAUUUUCUUUAACAAAAAUUUCUGACAGCAACAGGUUAUAUAAAACAAAAUCUUUCUGCUCAAACAUUAGUAGUAUGUUUAGUAAUAGUAACUGUUACAGACACCUUGUUAAAAUACAACUAUUGGAACUUCUGCACAUUUUCAUGAUACAUUGGUUGUAGUCCCAGCAUAAGUCCCCUAUGUCUGGGAUGAUAGAAGUACACAUCUGAUAUAUAUAAACUUCAGUGGAGGUGGGUGCUUAUCCUUUAUAACUUAAGUAAAGCAUUAAAGUAUGCUUUUUAACCCAAAGAGCCAUUGGUAAAAGUAAUAUAUAUGGAAAUUUUUAAAUUUAGAAACCUUUAAAAAAUCAUGUACCCAUCUUAGGCAUCCAUUUUUUGUGUGUGGAUCCACAUAUUGUGACGUAUUUCAUAUGUCAAGUCUUUUGGAUGCUCGUUCAUAACCUAAGUUUUAUUCAUUUUUUUCAAUUUUGGAAGAAUACAGAAGGAUGUAAUGUUAAGUAACAACAAACACUGGACCCCUUAGAUGUUGAGAGAGAAUUACUACCCAUUAGUGCUCCUGCUGGGAUUCUAUCAUAAAGCAGUUUCACUUUAAAAAGGCUCCUGUGAUCUGUCUUCAGCCACAUUGUAAUAAGUUUCUAGCAAAUACUAGAGUGUGUAUAAACUCCACAUUCUCCUAGGGAUAUAUCCACACCUCUCAGCACAUUCCCCGGUAGCAUCCACACUCAGCAAUAUGGAGGUUAAAGUAGAGAGCCUGGUUGGCAGCCAGCUGUGCCUAUUCUCUGGUAAAUAACUUUCACCAACACAUUUCCCUGCCUCAAGAUUCAGGGUCUUGGGUUGGUGAUGUGGCUCAGUGGUAGAGUGCUUACCUAGCAUGCAUGAGGCCCCAUUCCAUCAUCAGCACUUGCGGAGGAGAAAGAUUCACAUGACUACCUCCCCAAAGUUACUAAUUACUGUAGAUCAUGUACCAUUGGAAUUACAAAGUUUCAAAGAACUAGGGUCUGCUUGUCUAAAAUAAGUUUAUGAACUGCUGAACCCUCAUAUUUUAGAGCAUUUUCAGUACCCUACAAAAAUUAAGCAUGGUCAAAUGUUCUUUUUUCCUUGCCCCUAAAAUAAAAUGUACAUCUUUUCCUUUAAUGUUAAAUUAGUAUAUAUGUGGUUAUGGUACUUAUAGAUAAUCAUGUUUCCAGUUCCAAAUUUGCCUGUACUUUUUGUAUGACUCAAAAUAUUUGACAGUUGUAUUUCUGUUAAUGUAUCAUUUCUGUAUUUACAAACAGCUGCUUGCUUAUGCUGAGUCAAUUUGGAAGUUGAUUUACCAAUUUUAGUCUCAAUUGCAGUAUAUUUAAAAUGGGGAAAACAAGUAGAUGAUGACUUGGAGAUGUUUUGAGGUUAAUAUUAACUGCUCACUUGAGUGGCAAUUUCUGAUAUUUCCCCUACUAAUACAACCAAAAUUAUACAUAUAGAACCAAUGUAGCAGGUAUAGAAAAGAUAUUCCUAAUGUUUUAAAAUCUUAGUUGUUUGUGGCUUAGCAGCAUGAGGAAAUGCCUGACUAGUGGUGAUUUUUAAAGGGUAAACACUUGUUUGGCUUAUUUGAAGUAUAUUUUAUGGGCACAUUGAGUUUGUGAGCAGGAUAAAAACCAUCGUUCCUUAGUUAUUGGAGCUGAAGUUUCUGUAAAAUGCAUCUUUAAGGAUGCUGGUAGACAGAGCCAUAAGUCAGUAAGGUGGUAUAUUUCCACAGAAAGAAUGUGGAACUCUUCUGAGCAUUUUCAUUUACCCUGUAUCGGGGGGGGGUCACGACUUAUGUCAUAAAAUGUUAAACUGUAAAGCAUAAUCAGCCAUUGUAGACACUAAGAAACUCAAAUCAGUGGAACACAGCAUCCUCACUGUGUGGAACGGGUUCAGUAAACAGUACAUUAUAUACAUUCCCUAAGACUCCUUUUGUUUUUGUUAACGGGGAUUGGACCCAGAGGCACUCAACCACUGAGCCACACCCCCAGUCCCUUUUAUUUUUUAUUUUGAGAUAGGGUCUUGCUAAGGUACCUAGGGCCUCACUAAGU